AUGCGAACCGUCACUGUUACGCUCACCGGUGCCGCAGGCAUCUAUGGUGGCUUAGUACUUUAUCGGUACGUUAAUUUUGAAAAUUCUUUACAAUCAUACAA